UGGGGCGGGGUUAAUUUCUAUAGGUUAUUUGCUUCUCUGGUCUUACACUAGCUAGCUAAGUUACUGUUAACUAUCCUCGUUUGCUGCAAACAUGGCAGUAGUAGCUGUUAAACGUUGCGUUUCUCCUCUGAUUUUUAUCGGCAGAAGACUGUCUGCGCCCGAAAUAAAGUUCACGUGUCCAUAUCACAAAAAGGUGGUUGACCACUAUGAGAACCCCAGGAACGUGGGCUCUCUGGACAAAACGUCCAAGAACGUGGGAACGGGCCUGGUGGGGGCGCCAGCCUGCGGGGACGUGAUGAAGCUGCAGAUCGAAGUCGACGAGCAGGGGAAGAUUGUGGACGCAAGGUUCAAGACGUUCGGCUGCGGCUCAGCCAUCGCCUCCAGCUCCCUGGCAACGGAGUGGAUCAAGGGCAAAUCGGUUGAUGAAGCGCAGAAAAUUAAAAACACUGAAAUCGCCAAAGAACUGUGCCUUCCACCCGUUAAACUUCACUGCUCCAUGCUGGCAGAAGACGCCAUAAAAGCCGCCCUGGCGGAUUACCGGCUGAAGCAGCAGGACAAGGAGACGGCCAAGGCCAGCAACUGAAGGGCCUCCUGACCCAGCGACCCGAGUCUGCCGUGUCCCAUUCCUCCAUCUUCCUAAGUAGCGCAGCCUUCAUCGGGGCCAACAUACAGUACUGCCAACAAUACCGCCCGGCAGGCUCCUCCCCCCCCGCCUCCUCUAGACAGGAGGUCACGUUGAACGCACAAUAUUAAAGUAGCUUCUCUGAGGAACGCGUUGUUAAGUUAAAAGCCUUAUCGCUCUCAGCUAAUACAGCCAGGGUGACUCUCUUCUUCUGUGUUUGUUUGUUUGUUUUUACUCAGUAAAAACUCAAGUUCUGUCUC